UUGUUUCGGUAUCGUUAUUUAGAAAAACUAUUCUAAAAUUUCAUGGCGCCCCCGGGUGUACUUGCAAUUUAAACGUAUUAAUUCAAGUGGAAGGCAAAAGUGACAGUGACACAGUGGAGAAAAGAUAAAUAGCCAAAAUCUAUUAUACCUACAUACAUGUACAUGCAUAUGUGCUGCAGCUAAAUUGGCAAAUUGACCGCGACGUGUGUGCAAAUAAUUCAACAAACAAAACUAAAAAUCACCGCGUCGGUCGUGCAAUACCCUGUCUGCAGCUACAUAUAUACAAAAGGAGAUACACAUAUACCAUCUACCCAAGAAGAUCCAAGUGGAGCAUCCAGUAUAAGAAGAGGAGAGUACAGCACCUGGAAUUUCCAAUCUUCUCAAGAGGUUCGUCGGUCGUCGAGGAUGUCCGCAACGCGUGAACUGCGACAACGCAAAAAAUUUCGUCGGAGCAAGUCGCCACUUCAGCGAACUGCGGAGGAAGAUAGAGGCGGAAGCGGACGCGAUACGCGAAUUUGCGUCAAGAAGCGGGUGCGAGUUUGCCUUCAUACCGCCUCGAGCACCGCACAUGGGCGGACUUUGGGAGGCCGGUGUGAAGUCUGCCAAGGGCCUACUCCUAGGGGCAGUCGGAAGCGCUCUCCUCACCGCAGAGGAGCUGGAGACCGUGCUGGUCGGGAUCGAGGCGGUACUCAACUCACGCCCGCUAGGACCCCUAAGCCCAGACCCAAGCGACGGAGACGCGCUGACUCCCGGGCCCCUGCUGACAGGCGGGCCGCUUAUCGCACCCCCAGCACCCAGGACCCCGGACCAGGAGGGUCUGAGCUGCUUAAAGCGAUGGCGGCUUGUCUCGUCAGCCAGGCAAAUGUUCUGGCAGCGAUGGUCCCGGGAGUAUGUGCUGGGAUUGCAAAUAAGAUGCAAGUGGCACCAGGAGGAGCCAAACAUAAAGGAAGGCGACCUCGUAAUCGUCGCCGAGGACAACCUGCCCCCUCAACAGUGGCUCCUCGGAAGGGUGGUCGGAACAAUCGCCGGGCAGGACGGAAGGGUCAGAGUUGUCGACCUAAGGACGAGCAGCGGAGCCAAGUUCAGGAGGCCAAUCCACAAAUUGGCGCUUCUGCCAAUGGUUUGAAGCCUUCCAGGCCUUCAACGGGGCCGGUGU